AACACGACCACCACCACCGUCCCCAUCGUUACGACCACCCCCAACACCACCACCACCACCGUCCCCAUCGUUACUACCACCCCCAACACCACCCCCACCACCGUCCCCAUCGCUACGACCAUCCCCAAUGCUACCACCACCACCACCACCGUCCCCAUUGCUACGACCACCCCCAACGCUACUACCACCACCACCACCGUCCCCAUCGCUACGACCACCCCCAACGCUACCACCACCACCACCGUCCCCAUCGCUACAACGACCCCCACCACCACCGUCCCCAUCGUUACGACCACCCCCAACGCUACCACCACCACCACCACCUUCCCCAUCGCUACGACCACCCCCAACGCUACCACCACCACCACCGUCCCCAUCGCUACAACGACCCCCACCACCACCACCACCACCACCGUCCCCAUCGCUACGACCACCCCCAACGCUACCACCACCACCACUACCCCCAAUGCUACCACCACCACCACCGUCCCCAUCGUUACGACCACCCCCAACGCUACCACCACCACCACCACCGUCCCCAUCGUUACGACCACCCCCAACGCUACCACCACCACCACCACCGUCCCCAUCGUUACGACCACCCCCAACGCUACCACCACCACCACCACCGUCCCCAUUGCUACGACCACACCCAACACUACCAGCACCACCGUCCCCAUCGUUACGACCACCCCCAACGCUACCACCACCACCACCACCGUCCCCAUCGCUACCACCACCCCCAACGCUACCACCACCACCACCACCGUCCCCAUCGUUACGACCACCCCCAACGCUACCACCACCACCACGAGCUUCCCCAUCGCGACGACCACCCCCAACGCUACCACCACCACCACCACCGUCCCCAUCGUUACGACCACCCCCAACGCUACAACCACCACCACCGUCCCCAUCGUUACCACCACCCCCAACGCUACCACCACCACCGCCGUCCCCAUCGCUACGACCACCCCCAACGCUACCACCACCACCGCCGUCCCCAUCGUUACGACCACCCCCAACGCUAACACCACCACCACGAGCGUCCCCAUCGCUACGACCACCCCCAACGCUACCACCACCACCACCACCGUCCCCAUUGCUACGACCACCCCCAACGCUACCACCACCACCACCACCGUCCCCAUCGCUACGACCACCCCCAACGCUACCACCACCACCACGAGCGUCCCCAUCGCUACGACCACCCCCAACACCACCACCACCACCACCUUCCCCAUCGCUACGACCACCCCCAACGCUACCACCACCACCACCGUCCCCAUCGUUACCACCACCCCCAACGCUACCACCACCACCACCACCGUCCCCAUCGCUACGACCACCCCCAACGCUACCACCACCACCACCACCGUCCCCAUCGUUACCACCACCCCCAACGCUACCACCACCACCACCACCGUCCCCAUUGUUACAACCACCCCCAACGCUACCACCAACACAACCACCGUCCCCAUCGUUACGACCACCCCCAACGCUACCACCACCACCACCGUCCCCACCGUUACGACCACCCCCAACGCUACUACCACCACCACCGGCCCCAUCGCUACGACCACCCCCAACGCUACCACCACCACCACCGUCCCCAUCGUUACGACCACCCCCAACGCUAACACCACCACCACCACCGUCCCCAUCGUUACGACCACCCCCAACGCUACCACCACCACCACCACCGUCCCCAUCGUUACAACCACCCCCAACGCUACCACCACCACCACCACCGUCCCCAUCGUUACGACCACCCCCAACGCUACCACCACCACCACCACCGUCCCCAUCGUUACAACCACCCCCAACGCUACCACCACCACCACCACCACGAGCGUCCCCAUCGUUACGACCACGCCCAACGCUACCACCACCACCACCACCGUCCCCAUCGCUACGACCACCCCCAACGCUACCACCACCACCACCACCGUCCCCAUCGUUACGACCACCCCCAACGCUAACACCACCACCACCACCGUCCCCAUCGUUACGACCACCCCCAACGCUAACACCACCACCACCACCGUCCCCAUCGUUACGACCACCCCCAACACCACCACCACCACCGUCCCCAUCGUUACGACCACCCCCAACACCACCACCACCACCGUCCCCAUCGUUACCACCACCCCCAACGCUACCACCACCACCACCACCGUCCCCAUCGUUACGACCACCCCCAACGCUACCACCACCACCACCGUCCCCAUCGUCACGACCACCCCCAACGCUACCACCACCACCACCACCGUCCCCAUCGCUACGACCACCCCCAACGCUACCACCACCACCACCACCGUCCCCAUCGCUACGACCACCCCCAACGCUACCACCACCACCACCGUCCCCAUCGCUACGACCACCCCCAACGCUACCACCACCACCACCACCGUCCCCAUUGUUACGACCACCCCCAACGCUACCACCACCACCACCACCGUCACCAUCGUUACGACCACCCCCAACGCUACCACCACCACCACCACCGUCCCCAUCGCUACGACCACCCCCAACGCUACCACCACCACCACCGUCCCCAUCGCUACGACCACCCCCAAUGCUACCACCACCACCACCGUCCCCAUCGUUACGACCACCCCCAACGCUACCACCACCACCACCACCGUCCCCAUCGCUACCACCAACCCCAACGCUACCACCACCACCACCACCGUCCCCAUCGUUACGACCACCCCCAACGCUACUACCACCACCACCACCGUCCCCAUCGCUACGACCACCCCCAACGCUACCACCACCACCACCACCGUCCCCAUCGCUACGACCACCCCCAACGCUACCACCACCACCACCACCGUCCCCAUCGCUACGACCACCCCCAACGCUACCACCACCACCACCACCGUCCCCAUCGUUACGACCACCCCCAACGCUACCACCACCACCACCACCAUCCCCAUCGCUACGACGACCUCCAACGCUACGAAGACCACCACCACCGCCGCCGUCCCUGCAGCUACCACCACCCCCAACGCUACCACCACCACCACCACCAGCCCCACCACCAGUGAGGGUCAGUGCCAGAACGGCGGCACCUGGGACGGCAUCAAGUGCGUGUGCGCUGGCGGGUACUACGGCGCCCUGUGCGAGAUCGCCGUCUGCCAGAACGGCGGCACCUGGGCCGGCGGCGGCUGCCAGUGCGCCGAGAGCUUCCAGGGCAGCGAGUGCCAGUUCGCCAAGGAGAACGUCGAGGUCAAGGACGUGAUGGUGAAUGCAACGGUCGAGAUGAAGACGAAGGUCGACAACAGGGUUUUCACAAAGGAUCUCAAAAAUAAGUCCUCUGCAGCUUUCCAGAACUUUGAGAAGGACUUCAAGGAGCAGAUGAGGGAGGUUUACAAGCACAUAGAGGGCUACCAGGAUGUGGUGAUCCACGAACUGAACGAGGGCAGCAUCGUGGUGAACUACACGGUCCUCCUGAAGGUGCUCGCCAGCACCACGGCCAACGAGACGGUGCAGAGCAUCUCCAAGAGCCUCGUCACCGCCAUCAACAGCUACACCAACUGCAACGAAACCUGUCAAGAAGGCAACUGUACCUUCUGCUUCAACUCUACCUACACCAGCGUCGACAACUUCAGGGUGGAAGAGGUUGAAACAAGUGUGUGCGACAGCCGCAUCCCGGAGGAUUUCAAGACCUACUUCUCCCCGCUCGUCACCCCCACCGGCGUCCUCUGCAUCACCAGAUGCGACAAACGCUCUGCCGACCCUUACCCCUGCGUCCACGGCACGUGCGUCGUGGCACGCUCGGGACCACAGUGCGAGUGCUCGGAGCCGUCGGCGUUCUGGUACCAAGACAGCGCCUGCAGCUCCCGCAUCAGCAAGGUGGGGGUGGCCGUGGGGGUACCGGUGGCUGGGUUGGUCGUGGCCGUCGCCGCCUUCACCGCCUUCCUGCUGCGGGCGAAGAGGCAGAAGGACGAGUACAGGGUUAAGCUGACCUCCUACUCGGAGCUGUAUUGCAGCACGGACGAGAGCUGGACCAGCCCGAAGGGCUUCACCGCCAGCAACCCGGCCGCGACCUGGGAAGCUUCAAGAACUUGUGCACCUUCCACCACCACCGUGACCACCUCCACCAACACAGCCAGCUCUACCUUCAACAACUCUUCACCCAUCGUGUCCACCACGGUCUCACAUCCCAACAACAUGACUUUACCUCCCACUACGAGCACCUCUACUCUCCAGAACUCCUCGUCCAUCACGUCCACCACGACUUCACCUCCCGCCACCACCACCCCUCUCCGCCCCACCACCACCCCAGGGGUCUGCCAUAACGGGGGCACUUGGCUGGACGGCCACUGCAAGUGCCCCCCCGGUUUCACGGGUGACGCGUGUGAUGACAUCAGUAACACCAUCGCAACAAACGCCGUGACCAACGCGACAGUGCAGGUGGAGCUGCGCGUCACCAGCCGGGAGUUCACCGACGACCUCCGGAACCCCAGCUCUUCCACCUACUUGGAGUUUGUCGAGACCUUCAGGAAGCAGAUGGACGUGGUCUACAGCAACAUCCAGGGCUACGGGGGCAUCAAGGUCCUGCGUCUGACGCCCGGCAGCGUGGUGGUGGAUCACAUCAUCAUCGUCUCCCUGCUGGUGACCGCCCAAGCCCAGGAGAAGCUCCACAACAUCACGGCGGAGCUGCAGGAAGAGAUCCGCGCGGCAGCGGCGCAGCUGAACUGCACAAGUGGUACCCGCGAGCUGUGCUUCAGCUCCUCCGACGUGGUGGUGCGCAACGCUUCGCUCAACUUUGACAAAGAGGCCUUCUGCCAGCAGGAAGCGCCUGAGGGCUACCAGGACUACUACUUUCCCAAGCUGACAAGCUCUGGUUUCUACUGCAUAUCCAACUGCACCCCAGGCACCCCCCGGCUCCAUCAGCUCUGCCACGAGACCGAUCUCUACUGGUACCGAGGCGAUGGCUGCGAGACCCGGGUCGGCAAGCUGGCGGUGGGGUUGGGCGUGGCCGCGGCGGCUCUGGCCGCGACGGGCGUCGUCCUCGCCGUCCUCCUCUUCCGAGCUCGGAGGACCGGAUCGUUUUACAGCACCCAGAAGGCGAUGAAGCAGACGUGGUACGAGGACGCGGUCGACACGUGGAGCCUCCCAGGAAGCUUCACCUUCCAGAACCAAGGCUCCCACACUGAGGACAACUUUCGGGUCAACCUUGAGUCUCUGCACGCAUCGGCACCGGUCAAUGUUCCAAGACCGGAGAAAUUCUACACGCGACUCUGA